AUGGAGAGAUCCCGCCGCCUGCUGCUGGUGGCGGGCCUGCUCGCGGCGCUGCUCCCGGCGGCGGCCGCCGCGUUCGGGCCGCAGCCGGGGGCGCCGUGCGAGCCCACGCUGCUGGCGCCGCAGGUCGCGCUCUUCUGCGCGCCCGACUUCCCGACCGCGCAGUGCUGCGAGCUCGGCGUCCCGGUCGUCGACCUCAGCGCCUCCGUCCCCUGCGUCUGCCGCGUCCCCGCGGAGCCGCAGCUCGUCAUGGCGGGCCUCAACGCCACCCACAUCGCGCUCUACAGCUCCGGUCUCCGUCCAGGCGGCGCCCACCUCGCCGCCGCCUGCGAAGCACAUCCUCCCCCGGCCGCUGUCGUCAGCAGCCCCCUACCCACGCACCCGUCGCCGCAAGGACGCGCGGCCUCCUCAGCAGCAAUACUGCGCUGCUUCAUCUCCAGACACCACAUGCGGUGUGGUUCGUCCGGGCGCGCACCUCGCCUUCGCUUGCAAAGUCGUGGGACACACUCCCCAGCUGGGCGUCGUCUUCAGCAGCUCCCCACCUCGACGCAAGCUUCAAGAGCUGAAGUGUGAUCCGUUUUCCCUUGGAAGCAGCCUGGUCUCAGCAUGCGGGGAUGACCAGCAUCCAUCGCUGCCAUGCUGCGAGUACAUCGUUAACACAGUCGACGAGGAC